AUGUUCGAUAAACUCAAGCUUAAGUCUAAAGGUUCCAAUGUUCCAGCUGCUGCUCCAGCUGCAACACCAGGUAAGCCACCAUCUAAGAGACAAAUAUACCAAAACAGACAGAAUCAUGGAGUUAAUAUUGGUGCAUGCUUUGUUUUAGAAAAAUGGAUCUUUCAUGAUGUAUUUCCUGAAGGUGCUGGCUGUGAACUUGAAGCCGUUCAAAAAUUGGUAAAAGAGAAAGGCAAAGAUGAUGCUAAGAAAAAAUUUGAGAAACAUUGGAAUGAUUUUUUGAACGAGGGUGAUUGGAAAUGGAUGAAAGAACAUCAUGUCACUUCUAUUAGAGUACCUUUGGGGUACUGGGAUAUCGAUGGUGGUAAGUUUACCAAUGGCACUAAUUUUGAGAAGUUUGCAUCCGUAUAUUCAAAUGCUUGGACCAUCUUCAAAAGAAAAUUCAUAGAGGAGGCUGAGAAGUAUAACAUAUCUGUCUUAGUAGACAUCCAUGGCUUACCUUUUGGAGCAAAUGGGUCUGAUCAUAGCGGUGAAAAAUGUAGCGGCGAUGCUGGAUUUUGGAACAAAGAACAAGCUCAGCUUUUGGUUUGUGACAUGUUAAAGUUCAUUGCAAAGGACUUAAAAGCAUACGACAAUAUUACUGGAAUUCAAAUAGUGAAUGAAGCAGAAUUUGCAGAUCCACCAAAAAAACAACAAAGGUAUUACGCUGCAGCUAUAUCUAAAAUUCGGGAAGAAGAUCUGAGCAUCCCAAUUAUUAUUUCUGAUGGGUGGUGGCCAGACCAAUGGGUUAAAUGGGUACAGGAUCAACAGAGCGAAGGAAAAAGUAUAGGUGUCGUAAUAGACGACCAUUGCUAUAGAUGUUUUUCUGAUGAUGACAAAAAGAAGUCACCAAGGCAGAUUAUCAAUGAUCUCGAAAAAGACUUAUUGACUAAUUUGACAGACAAUGGGAAUGGAGUCGACUUUAUGGUAGGAGAAUACUCUUGCGUCAUUGAUGGUUCCUCUUGGAACAAAGACAAUGCUAAUACAAAGAGGGACGAUUACGUGAUUCAAUAUGGAAGGCGCGAGAUAGAGCUUAUGUCUAAAAGGGCCACUUUCGGCACUUAUUUUUGGACUUUCAAAUUUCAGUCUGGAAACGGAGGUGAAUGGGACUUUAAAACUAUGACUGAUAGUGGUGCAAUAUCUCCGGCUGUAGUUGUUAAUAAAAUUCCGGAUUCAUCUCAACGUGAUCAGAAGCUAAACUCGGCCUAUUCAGCUCAUGUGGAAUAUUGGAACAAGCAAAACUCAAAAGAGAAGUACGAACAUGAAAGGUAUAAAGAAGGUUUUAAUAAAGCUUGGGAUGAUGCAACAGCAUUCGCAAAAUUCAAUGGCUCGGUUAUUGGGAGAAUUCAAGCAUGGAAAGCAGCAAGAUUUGACGAGCAUGUGAAGUCCAAGGGAUCUCUGAAACAUCUAUGGGAAUGGGAGCAAGGAUUCCAAACUGGCUUGAAUGAGUUUUUGAACUGUGUCUAA